CUCCCACCUUAUCCAAGCGCAGGCGCAGGCGCGCGUGACUGUAUAUAUAACGCCGCCGCAUGUCGAUAAACAGCUGUGACGCUGUAACCCUGUGACAAGAGCAUUAGUGAUCCUUUGCGCGUUAUUUUUUCCAGUUUGUCCGAUUCAAGCGAGGUACGGAAAGAAAUUAGACGUUCAAAAAUUCGCGAUCUAAAGGAAAAUUCGGAAACAUGUUUCGAUUUUUCGUGGCGGCCGCGGCACUCUUUGUGCUAAUCGACGCGGAGAUCCAAAGAAUUCAAUUGCACAAGAUGGAUUCUAUCAGAAAAGUUUUGAAGGAAGUUGACACUGAUCUGCAACAAAUUCGUUUGACUGAAGUUAAUGCUGUACCAGAACCUUUGUCCAAUUAUUUGGAUGCUCAAUAUUAUGGUGUUAUCAGUAUCGGAACUCCACCGCAGGAUUUUAAAGUAAUUUUUGAUACUGGCUCCUCAAAUCUUUGGGUACCGUCCAAAAAUUGCCAUUUUACUAACAUUGCGUGCUUGUUACAUCAUAAAUAUAAUAGUAAAAAAUCCAGCACAUAUACACCAAAUGGUACUGAAUUUGCUAUUCAAUAUGGUUCUGGCAGUCUAUCUGGAUAUUUAUCUACUGAUGUAGUGAAUGUUGCUGGUCUCAAUGUUCAGAACCAAACAUUCGCAGAAGCGAUGAGCGAGCCAGGUUAUGCAUUCGUCGCUGCAAAAUUUGAUGGUAUCUUGGGCAUGGGUUAUUCUACGAUAGCUGUUGAUGGAGUGACACCUGUCUUCUACAACAUGGUCAAACAAAAGUUGGUACCACAAGGCGUUUUCAGCUUUUAUCUAAAUCGAGAUCCUUCAGCCAAGGAAGGUGGGGAAAUGCUAUUAGGUGGUUCUGAUCCUGCUCAUUACGAUGGCGAGCUCACAUAUGUUCCUGUUACUCGCAAAGGAUACUGGCAGUUUGCACUGGAUAGGAUCAAUAUAAGUGGUCAGACCCUAUGUCCGAAUGGUUGCCAAGCUAUCGCUGAUACAGGCACCUCCCUAAUAGCUGGACCAACAGCAGACGUUGCAGUUAUUAACAAGCUAAUUGGAGCUACUUCUAUUAGUGGACAGGCAAUAGUGAAUUGCAAUCAGAUUCCUCAGUUGCCUACAAUCGAUAUUGUUCUGGGUGGUAAGACAUUCAGUCUCUCUGGUGAGGAUUACGUUCUUCAGAUCAAACAAUUUGGCACCACGAUCUGUAUCAGCGGUUUCAUGGGUUUUGAUCUUGGAUCGCAUGAACUGCAAUGGAUCUUGGGCGAUGUAUUUAUCGGCCGUUAUUACACCGAAUUCGAUUUGGACAACGAUCGAGUGGGAUUCGCCCCAGCAAAAUAAAUCGUCGUUUGCCUUUUCUUAAAGUUACCAUUACACCUUAGAUCUAAUUUACCAUCGCAAAUAAUUAAGUAAAAUUCUGUUUUUCUUUUAAAUAGCAUUUGAUGCUUAUUGUCUUGCAAUUUUUACUUAUAAUUAUCCAUGUAGUACAUUGUUAUAUGCGGAUGUGAUAUUUUUUUAAAUUAAAAACGAAGAUGUAUGCAAUAUCUUCCAAUAAUUUAAUAUAUCAACAUAUAAUAUGAUAUUAUUAUAAGCUAUAUAUUGUCUGAAUAAAAAAUAAAAAAUAUAUAUUCCUUUUA